AUGUCGCGAUUGUCCCGGUUAUUUGACAAGUCCAGUCGGACUCAGCCUGUUACCUCGGAGAAAUCAGGCAACUCUGCCUGGACUCAAGUCGGCAAUGCAGCCGAUCAUCUUCUAGCAGAGCUUGAAUCCCUCUACUGGACCGGUGUCAAUGAAGAACUCGACUGCAUUGUUUCCACUCUACGACAAUGGCAGCAACCGCAGUUCCAGCACAUCCACUCAGACGAGAACGAUAGACUGGUCAGCGGCUUCGACACAUUCAUCGCCAAUGUCAUUCCGCAGUCAUCGCCGACAGCCCCCCAGCUCGCCUCCCAAAUAUCUCCCAGUACAACUGAAGCCAAAGUGCGCCUGGUGAGAAGCGCGCAAAUCCGUGCAAUGGAGUUGGCCGCCGCGAAGGCCAGGACGAAGGUGAAUCUCGCCGUGCACAAACGCCUGGCACAGCGUCCUAUAGAGACAGAUACCGCCAAGCGGCGAGCACGGCUGCUCCUUCAAGCAGCUGGAUUCCUGGACAUUGAGAAAACCAUCGAGCAUUCACCAGCAUCAGGCACACCCAGCCCUCUCACCCCGCAGCUACGAAUGACCAAGAAAGGGUUGAGAGGGUGUCCCAUCCCGUCUGUCCUCCCUUGCAGUGAAUGCAAGCAGGUCAUCCGGGGGAACAUGUUUGAAGCCAGUGGCAGGUCCACCCAGACGAUUUGCGAAGAUUGCUACUGGGAGCACCAUUACGGAGACGCCUCGUACACCAAAAAACACAAGCAUUCCAUCGCGGAUGAGGUCGUCGCCCGCGUCGGUAGGCAUGCUCGGUGCAGGGCUUGUCGCAGACGGCAUACGGAAAAUUCGCGGCCAUAUAUGCUGGGGAGCAGAAGAGAGAUGCAGAUUUUGGCGGACGCAAAGUACUUGGGCGUCCAGGAGGCGCGGAAGAGAACAGGCCUGUCGAAUGCACCUAUUCCCUUGGCGAAGGUGAUUCAAGAAGACUACAACAGGCGGUCUGCCAAAUAUGAUGCCGCUUGGAGGUCUGGCGACAUGCGCCUGGUCGGGGACGAGUGGCUGUGUCAGGAUUUCGUCCAGGAGAAUCCAUGGAAGAACAUCCGUGUGGCUGUUCGAGUAGGACCACUGGUCUUUGAAAACGGCACUAAAGAGAGUCGAAAUGGGGCUGGAAUAACCCUUCGUGAUCCAAUUUUCGGACAAGGGCAGCAAAAAGCGGACCGUAUUUCCCUUGCCGUCUGUGGAGAGUUGGAGAGACAGCUGUGGCGCCAGCCGGGCAUUCGUCCGCAGAAAUUAAAACGCUUCCAAGCUAUCCUGAAGCAAGUCGUCGGAACUCCCUUCACGGGCUGGCCUUUGUCAACGGCAGAGCACGAGAUCAUUGAACUCUUAGUGAAAGCAAGCAGUGACAGCGCAUAUGGUACACGAUCCGAGUUGCAGGACAAAGUCAAAACAUUUCUCAGUCCAUGGGUGUCUGUUUAUCUCAGAAGUAUCGCGGGAAAGUUACUGGACAGCAAAACCACACUCGCAUGGGACGCAUCGACCAACAACUGCCAGCAAUUCUGUGACUCGCUGCUCGACUGGCAGGUUUUCGGUCCCCUUCUUUCUGAGGCUUCCAUCCUUAGCUCGGAAAAAGACCCCCCGCAAGCCCUCUACCGAGUAAGCUUCCUAUGUCGCCCUGGCGCGACACAGAAUCCCUUCUCUCACCCAACGACCAUCAGCGACGUCCCAUAUGGACUGACAGAGGAGUAUAUCCGCCGCUUCCACUUUGGUUGUUACACUGGGCCCGACCUGAUUGACUCACUCCACGAGUACUGGUUCGACUGGGCCGGAUUCAAGCAACAUCUCUAUCCCCACCAGAACUUUUUCCCCUGGGACUGCACGGAAGCACUCUACCGCUACCCCGUCAAAUGCGGUGACUGCACACUGUCCAAGCACCUCUGGGCCUUUCCAUUCGAUUCCUGGUCGAUCAUUGCCCUCCAUCUUUCAAGAAACGCACUCGCCUACCCUCCCUCUGAAUCAAACCCUCCAUCCGAAGUGACCUGGAUGCAGAACCGCCUCACCCUCCUCACAGCACUAGACACACUCUGCGCCGGGGCGACAGCCAUGUCCAAUGACCCGCACUUCCGCGCCGCAACAAAAUGGCUCCACCUUCAGUCCGACCCAGCAACCGAUCGAAUUAAGCUAGGCGGUAUCAACCGCGCACAGCCGUAUAGCCACGCGCUGGAGCAUCGCACGCACGACGAGUUCUUCGUCGCAAAGUGGAUUUCGAACACUCGUCAAUCCCGCGCUCAAGGCUAUGAGACCUUGCGAGAGAAGCUGCACAUGCCGAGGACGGGGCAGGAGAGGGACCGGGUGUUCUGGGGCCUUGAGGGGUGCGCGCCGCCUAGAUCGUGUGCGGUGUCUCCGGUUGAGGACUGGAAUGCGCCAAAUGCAAACUUUGUGGUGUCGGUCACUGCUUCUUCUAGUUGUGGGGCUUGUGGAACACAGGCGAUUGCGGCUGCUUGUGCUGCAAACUGUGGUGCAAGUUGUGGUAGCGGAGGUGGCGGAGGAUGUUGA